AUGCGAAUUGAUCAGCUUGCAACGGAGCUUCUGCUCCAUAUAUUUCGCUCGUGCAACUCAGUUUCCGAUGUCUUGAAUUUAUCAGUCAUUUGCCGUCGACUGCACCGCGUCCUCAACUCAACAAGCAAACUGCAUAUCCUAGCCAGUGUCGCGGAGACUGAAUUCGGUCCCCUUGACGAUAUCAUCCAAGUGGUGACGCAAAACGAGAGUCAGCCUGCUCAUCUUAUCCGACAUGCACCUAUGUCUGGUCCCCUUCUCAAACAAGUUAUCCAGCUCGGUCUAGUGGCACGAAAAUGGGAGACGAUCUACCCGUUUAAGAAGUGGAAGAUAGACUUUGAAAAUCGUCGCUCGCUCACCGACGAAGAGCGAUUACGGCUGCGCCGCGCAGUCUACCGGCUCUGGCUGUACCACAGUGCAUUUCAUUCUGGUGUUUAUGAUCGCCAUUCUCGUAGUCUUCGCCAUGUGGUGUUAGAGCGCGCUCAGUUGCUCCACAAUUGGUCCACCCAAGAGCUGGCCGAGAUUGAGGAUUUGCGCCUCGUCAUGGGUGAUAUUGUCCAAAAUCACAUAUGUCCUAGUAAUGGGACCAUUCAACGCAAAUUCCGCAAGCGUUAUCCAGACAGCAGCCAGCAACUCUCGUUCAAUAUACACCUUAAUUAUCCUUCGUCUUCAACUGUUUCUCUGUCUUCACAUGACCACUCCUUGCUUCAGAAGGGCCCCGAGGCCUCGAUUCAACAAUACUUCCAUACAGCGCACCCGAGCAAUUAUGCCGAGUCGCCAGCCAAAUUCCGGUCUCGGUUUCGCAAUGACCUCUCCCAUGACCCCGGGUAUGAAGGUUGGGGUGACGAGAUCCCACAUUAUUACAUUAUGCAGGACAUGCUGAAGCUCGAUCCUGGUCAGAUAUUAUGGUUGCGCGACCAUGCUUUGCUGAAGGAACAGGUAGAGGAGUACGUAUGGUCUCUAGGGGAAUGGUUCCGCAACAACGGUGAAACAUUUGGUGACACGCUGGAAUAUGUCAUGAAUGAACGUGGGCUCGAGGUUGGAGAAUUUCGAUCUGCAGUGGCUAGUCGUGAGAUGGGCAUUGUCCUAGACUAG